UAAUAUUCAAGUAGCUAGGUAUUCCAACUACUUGCCGAAAGUUUAGGAUGUAAUAAGAAAUAUUGAGAAGAACAACUUCUUUCAGAUCGACUCUAAUUAUUCGGUGAUUCGCUAAUUAUCUUAAUUCUGGCCUUGCAAUUUUUUAGUUAUUCUAACUUAACCGAUUCUCCUCGUAUUCGCUGCGUAUAAUUACAUCGAGUUUCAAUUCAAUCAUUUGUCAAACAAUAAUUCUAAUUGCUUGAGAAGUGGGCAGAAUUUUUUAAUUCAAAGAGUAGACUCAAGCUUGUUUAUAUUUUAACAGUUCCCAGUAAACUUUGUAUCAAUUAUCGUUGUUUGAUCAAUCAGUAGGAUCAAAAGUGGUGCAAAUAUUAAAAGACGAGUGACUAUAUGUAUAUAUACACUAAAAAAAUGGUCGACGUACGAAAGUACAAUAUAAUUAAUGAAACUUGAUAGCUGGCUUUGUUAGCUGAUCCAUAGUAAAGACGCCUGGAGUGAUUACGCAUUUGAAAUAAUGGCGGGAACUACAUCGACGGUUGCUAAGCAACGAGUGUUGACAAACAUUAAAGUAGAGAGACAAAUGACCACGAGACGUUAAAAACAUCACGUGUGAAAUGUUGUGAAUGGAAUACCAAGAACCGAGUCUUCAUAAAGCGAGUGAUUAUUUUUCCGAGUCAAAGGUGAUUCAAGAAUGUCGAAAAAUACCGAGGGAAAAGCGAAAAUAGCGAACACGUACCGCGUCAGCGAGCCGAUUGUGAAUUUCAAAAUCAGAGUCAGAAUUGCACAACAGAAAUCCCGACUAGUUGAAUUAUUUAAAACGGAAGAAGAAACCAGAGAUUCAAAUUUUUUGGAAUACGAGGAGAAGAUUUUCUCCUGGCAGGAAAAAAGUUUCGGCCGUUUCGAGGCGCAGUUUUACGCGGACUCAAAAAACUGUGCGACCAAACAGCAGAAACAGUAUCACGAAAUGAUAACCGAGCAAAAUGUUACUGGGUCUCGCAUAUAUACCUACGUUGACGACGAUUCUUAUUUUCCUAAUAAGGAUUUACUGACAAAGCCAUACAAGUCGCACUUAUCACAAAGAAACGCGUCAGCGUUACCAACUUUGCAAAACCGAAAACCCUUCGUUGAACGUUACAACAAAAAAGUUAUCGACGAUAAUCCCGGAGAUACUACAAUUCGCACUAAUCACUAUCUCCACAAAGAUUUCGCGACAAUGUACAUCAUUGCCGAUUUAAUGCCGAACGCUAAGUCCAGUUCCUAUAAUUUUGAUGACUCACAAAUACUGCUGUGCACAAUUACAUUCGACAAAAUUCAUCGCUCUUUAACCGUCGAUCCCGAUUUCACCUACGAAGAGCCUUACGAAAUACGCGGCACUGACAUGAACUAUGAUUAUUGGAUCGAACAUGCAUCCGAAAUUCAGUAUCCUCAAGAUUUGGAAAUUGAAGUUGAAGAUUUGCGUGGUCAGGUAAUGCAGAAGCUGAUCCACAGGGAAGCAGAAAUCUUUCCUCAAAUUGGAUUACCUCCAGCGAAUCGCCUGCGUCUUUUUAUCAAUCUGGACAUUAUGUCUGCUCACAACUUUCCAUACGAUACUUUGUUCGUGACAUAUCACAUUGAAUUGCCUGAAUAUUGGAGCACAGAUCAUCCGGAACGUUUGACUGGUCGGACACAGCGAUGUUCAAUGAUAAAAGGAAGUGCAAAUUUCAGUUACGUAGCCGAACUUUGUAUCGAUUUAGAUUCAUCCCGGCUGAAAGAUGAAAAAUCUUCAAUUGCCUGGCCGUGGAUUCUCAUUUCGGUAGCUUCUCUCGAUAGCUGGACUAGGUACCGAAUCGAAGGGUAUGCAGCUGAAGCUCUUCCAGCUAAGUCCGGAUGUCAUUACUUGACGUUGCAUACUUGGCGACCAGUUGGUGACUUUUUAAACACCCUUCGCCGCUUCUUUACCGGCGGAACGUACGAGCUUCAGGACAUGUCGUAUUGUGGUAUUCCCGCAAUGUGUGACGAAACGAAAUUGGAAAAAGCAAAUUUGGAGACGGUGCCAAGCGGUCAGAUUGAACUAAAAUUGAACAUCACCCAGCAGAGCCGAUCUUUCAUAGAUGGCGGCUGCUUUAAACGUGACACUUUCGAACGGCUGAGUGCUGGGCGACUUAUGAACAGUGUUAACAACGUUCUUGAACAAUUUAAGGCUGCCAGAGAACGGAUGAUUAAAGCACGCAUCAUGAAUUCGUGAAAUUGUCUCUUGACACGUACGUUUCGGAGAAUUGGAAAUCAAGGAAAAUACGUGACUUCAGACUUCAACGAAGAGUUCGCAAGGUGAAUUCCUCUCAACUGCAGUUCUCCUGGUUAC